GACCUUCAUCACCCGGCUCCAUCUCCGGCCUUUUCCAUAACCCCCCUCGAUUCUCCCACAAUUUCCCUACUCGCCAUAGCCUCUCUUUUCGUUGAUCCCUCGAACUCCUCUGUCGAGUUCCAACUCCCUCAGCUCUCACGCCGCCGGUCGCCGCGGUUGCUCCAACCUGACCGCCUCCCCUCCGCCCACGAGAUCCCCGAGAAGAACUACCUUCAGCCUCGCCCAUCUCCCUCGCACGAGGAGUGGACCCAAAUUGGUGGCCCUGUUCCGUCUCCCUGUUUCCCGCCGUCGUUUGCUCAGGGCAAGUGGCGAUCCCGCUCCGGGGAUGCGGCAUACCGAGGCGUGAUGUGCGGAUCGGAGCAUGGACGUGAUCGCGUCGCCCAGUAGAAGUUGCGGCUGUCGGUGUCGAAGCAGGGUUUGCGCGGUCUGCGGCCAUGACGAUUUACAUAGCUCGGGAGGCUUCAAAGGUAUGGAGGAAGGUCACCUCGGAGAUUACGGCCGAGCUGCCGCUACUUCGCGAGAAGUGGCAGCUGCUCCUCGCUGGAUUGGUGUUUCAGUAUGUUCAUGGGCUGGCUGCUCGAGGAGUGCAUUACUUGCAUCGGCCUGGACCACUGCUCCAGGACCUGGGAUUUAUGGCUCUUCCAGAGCUUGGGCAAGACAGAAGUUAUCUUAGCGAGUGCACAUUUGUAUUCAUGUUCUUCUCCUUUUUUAUGUGGACCUUUCAUCCUUUUAUUUAUCAUAGCAAACGGUUCUACACCAUCCUAUUGUGGCGCAGGGUGCUCGCUUUCUUAGUUGCUUCACAGGUUUUAAGGAUCAUUACAUUCUAUUCAACCCAGCUUCCAGGUCCAAACUACCACUGUCGUGAGGGUUCAAAAAUGGCCACUCUUCCACCACCCAAUAAUGUGCUUGAAGUGCUCCUGAUUAAUUUUCCUCGUGGAGUAAAUUUUGGCUGUGGUGAUCUGAUAUUUUCAUCCCACAUGAUUUUCACUCUUGUUUUCGUUCGAACAUACCACAAAUAUGGCUCAAAAAGGUUUAUUAAGCUCCUUGCCUGGCUCAUGGCUAUAAUUCAAAGUCUUCUUAUAAUUGCUGCUCGCAAACACUACACUGUGGAUGUUGUUGUUGCUUGGUAUACUGUUAAUUUAGUUGUAUUCUUCGUAGACAACAAGCUCCCAGAAAUGCUGGAUCGUACAAACGGACUGCCUUUACUUCCGUUGAGUACCAAAGAAAAAGAUAGCAGACUGAAGGAUGAGAAAGACAGCAGGCUGAAGGAUGAGUUCCAUAAGUUAUUAAAUGGAACCAAUGGGGAUCCUACUGAUCGGCGACAGCGGGUACAGAUGAACGGGAGGCACGACGAAGACACCAAUCACACCGGGCACAGCACGCUCUCCGACGUCAGUGCCAACGGUGUAUGAGCCGAGGGACACCUGCAUUUUUUUUCCCACCGGCGCCCAAGGAGAAUCCUCUGGGCGGCGAGAAGAGCUGCCCGGCUCCUCUGCUUGCUGAAGCUAACCCAAGAUUCCACUUGAUUGCGACGGCCUUCCCUUCAGAAUAGAACAGAAGAUAAUAUGGGUGUGUAUAUAUAUCGACCAGCCUAAUAUUAUGAUCCAUUGAUGCAUUCAUAUCGAUUAGGCUUGUUC